CCCCCCCCCCAAAGAGGAACCUAAGAAUUAACUACCCAACCCCUAGUUUCAUUAAUUGGUGUGUGGGCCUGUGUCGAAUUUGGCGCCCGUGGCUAAAGGUACCGUGUGGAGUUGUGGUGUUCGCCAAUAAAGCCAAACAAAUAAACGCACACGGAGAUAACAUCAACCUCAGGUUAACGUAAUCGAGAGUUAAAUUUCAAAUCUCAAAAUCAGAGACAAAUUCAAUGAUAAUAAAGCGAAGAAAUGUGAUUGAGAAAGCGAGCACUGCCGACUCUUCCAGUUCCUGUAAUCGUGAUUGUGGAUGUUGUUGUUGUUGUUGGUGUUGUUAUUGUUGUGUGUUGUGUUCGCCCGACCUCAGCAGAGUAUCACACAGAGAGGGAGAGGGAGAGAGAGAGAAAAGAGAGAGUGUGUCGCCGUAUCACUUUUUUAGUGCUCGUCUCCCGAUUGAGCUCAUUGCCGGGCACUCAGCGUAAUUAAUUCAACUCUAUAUCGUCGUCAUUUUCUGUCUGGCUAUCGCCUGUACAACCUUAAUAUGCCGUGUCUUGACUUGCGUGCAUAAUAGUAAUAUACGGUGGGCACCAAGCAUGCACUCUUUUCAAUGGCGAGUAGUACUCAAUGUCAAACCAGCUAUCUAAUACACAGUUCGUGGUAGUCAAAUAAUGUAACCUCAACGGCCAUCGAAUUAUCACCCCACCCCUUCACCCCUUGCCCCGCCGCUCCAUCUCCCCCCCCCGGACGCGAGAUGUCGGCUAGCGUCGAGCGACCUGCCGUGGCCUCUGCGGGUGGCUCCCCGGUUCUGACCGCUCUGCGGUCGGAGGCUCCGACCCGACCUAAACCCCCAGCGGCACCUCCUGAAAAGGAAAACGCCAAGGAUUCAAAUGGUUUUUCAACGAUCAGUUCGUCAAGUAUCAGCGCCGUGAGCGAUGAUGCCGCGCGGCAAGCUGGCAAAGAGUACCGUAAGUGGCAACAUAAUGAACAUGAGCGUCGGCGAAAGGAUAAGAUCUCAGCAGGAAUUCUACGCUUGGGAGAACUUCUACCGGAUAGGGACCCGCGCAAAAUGGCAAAGGUGGACAUUCUCAGCCGCGCGUGCGAAUAUAUCACCUACCUUCGCGACCUCAACGAAAAAAUUGUAUCGAAUAAGAUUCCGGAAGCGCAAGCGACUUUACUGACUGAUUUACGGAAACAGAUCCGUGAAUUGGAGAAAGUAAAUUCGAAUUACAUGCGUCUCUUGCAAAAGCUGGGUAUUUCUCUUUGCUCCGAGCCGAUUGGUCUAGUUAAAGGGAACCCUGACCGAACCCCUGCCGAACGAGAGGCUGAGAAAAACACGGCUGCACAAAUUGCCAGCAAAGUGACCGCAUUGGCUAAGGAGGGAACCGUGACUACAGUCACAUCUGCGGCGGUAUCUUCAACCACAGCUAUUCCCGUGCCUCCGAAAAGUGACAGCCAGGCACCGCAGCUAACGACAUCAUUAGGAAAUUUGACUGGUGCAUCUGUGAGUCAAUUACAACCCUUAAAUGGAGUAAAUCAACUAUUGCCUUCGUCAAUAGUACAGUUAAAUCCGGGUGGGCCACCUAUUCUCAUGACCAAUGAUCCACCACCGGCUACAAUGUCCACGAUGUUGAUCCCCCAAAGUUCUCUCAUCAUACCGCAGACGUUAAAUGGAGCUCCAACCCAACAACUCAUUCUUAACGGGCCAGGAGGGCCCCGCAUUGUGAACACCGUUUCAGGUACGACUGGAGUGUCGGGAGACCUGCUGCUCAGUGGGGCUCAAGAAUUACUGAUGCAAGCGGCAGCCGAUCCAAAGGCGAUUACUCUUGGCGCUAACGGAACCACUGUUGUUAACGGUGUAGGCGGCGUCGGCGGACAGAUUCUGCAAUUAGGUAAUGGAGGCACGAUAUUGCUGCCUUCCGCCAACGGCAGUUUACUUCCGAUUGUUUCGCAUGCCACCAAUCCUACACUGUCCAUUGUUAGCACUGUUGCCCCGACAACUGGUAUACUUCAGCCGGCCUCUGCCCCAAAGAAAGCCAUUGUUAGUUUGCCUACGAGCGCAGCACCUAAGCCUGUUGUCCUGUCGACUUUAGUUUUGGACGCGGACACAGCUAUGCAAACUACUAACCCUGCGAUUAUCGCUACGGAGAACAGCAGCAAUAAGGAACGCGACAAGGGUAUUAAAAGACCUGCGAGCACGCCCAGUGGAAUUCUGGCGGUCUCGGAGAAAAAACCCAAAUCAGACCUCAACGAAGGGUCAUCGGAGGAGCUAACGAAAGACGGCAAGGAGACACAGGGCGAGCUGGAGCGUUCCUCCAAUCCUGAUCUGUUGGCGCAGGCAACUGAAAGUAUCUUUAGUUCGCAGGUACCCGACCCUCCAAUAACUCCUAUCCCGCCGUCUCCAUCGCCACCUACACCCGUCACUGUGCUCACGCCCCCGAUGUCUGUUGCCGCUCCCAGUGUUCGAGCAGCAGCAGCGCGAAAUUCGCCAUCUCGUGCAAUGCAUUCGCAAACCCCUCAAACGCACACGUUGACCUUGCAAGGACACACGACCACGACGACGACGACCACAACGUGUGCUGUUAGCAGCCUUCCGGUUACCGCGCAGCAGCAGAAGCCUCAGUCAGUUCCUGCUCAAUCAGCUCAAAGUCAACCAUCACAGGUUUUGCCUAUGCAAAGUGUAGGCUUGACGGCGUCUGUCCCGCCAACGACAAUCCAACCGAGUACAGCAGUUCAGCAAACACAACAACGACAACCACAAUCGGUGUCUCAGGUACAAUUGGCGCCCCAGCAACAGGUAACGUCUCAGCAACAGUUAGUGUCUCAGCAGCAACAACAGCAUCAUUCGUUAGCUGUGGCCACGUCUGUAGAUUCUUCUAUGGCUUCCCUACACAACUCGACCCCCGCAGUGACGAUAGAUCAACCAUCGACAGUGUCACCUCGAACACCGGUGCAUAUCGUGUCUCAGACAGCUGAGCAACAAAAAAGAACUUUAAUGACGUCUAGCAAUUUGCCUACAGUGGCAGUAACAAUGGCAAUACCAGGGCCCACACGACAGCCAAUGAAAGCUAAACCAUCUGUUGCUCCCACGAUUACAACUGCUCUUCCGACAAAAAGCCAGGAUCAGGAAGCCUCGAAGUCUCAAGCAAAAUCCCCACUACUUCCGAUCGUGGCUCCCGUGUCAGAGAGCAAGGGCUCGACAGCCUCAGCUGCAGUUACUGCUACUACCGCAUCUACGGUCACUUCCACUGUCGUAUCGAAGGCAAGUGGGAUGACUGCGGCUACGAACGGGGAUCAAAAAGUGUUGGUUGUGCAGGCCGUGGCUGGCAGCUCGGCGACGGCGGCUCAGCGAAUCCAGCGGCUUCCGUCGGCGCCGGCGGCUCUCUCCGGUGCGCCAACUUCGCAUACGACGCUUACGGCGUCUACCCCGGCCGUAACCCAGAUGUCCCCUCAGCCAGCAGCAGCAGCAGCAACGUCCGGUAGCAGGCGUGCUGCAGCGACGCCACCAGCCCCAGGUCCUUCUCUAGUCUCUUCGAAAAGCUCGUCGACAAGAACGUCGACUAACAGUAAUAACAGCGGAUUGUCGUCAACUCCGACAUCAAUUUCUACUCCAGGGUCAUUGGCCUUGAUAGUGACAACGGCGAACGAAAAACGUCAUUCGCCUUCUGCCGUUUCAUCCGUUCCCAAAGUAUCAACGACUCCUACGUCAUUAGUGACGGCUACUAAUAUCGCUGUUAAAAAAGAUGAUGAGAGCAACAACAAUAAUAACAACAACAACAACAGCAGCAGCAGCAGCAGCAGCAGCAGCAGCAGUAGUAAGAAGAAGCCCCAAAACCAGUCUGGCACGAACCAUGGACGGCAAAGCCAGCCCCCGCGGACCGUAGCCCAAGUACUGAAGGCUGAGGCUGCUGCGAAAGCGGCAUCGUCUCAGUCGACAACGGCGACAGUUCCUGAAUCGGCCAUAUCUCAUAAUAUAGUCCCUUCGUCAUCUCCACUGCCGCCGACGUCACAGACAUUGCAUACGCCCGCUGCGACACUAAGCAACAGCCUGAGCGUUCCUCUGAUCUCUGGCCCAAACAGUGGCUACGCGUCCUCCGCGGAUCCUAUGCCUCCAUUCACGUCUCUAUCCUCGGUAAAGUAUCGGGGUCUACCCAGUAUGCCGAUAACCAGUAUGUCCUCGAUGCAGCCGCAGCCCAUGUCCCAUGGAGCGGAUAACUGCAACUUCCCCCGUCUACCGUUGCCGCCGAUGAAUAUUAAUUACCGGCAGGGGGUCAACCAUUUAGCGAACAUUCUUCCUCCACACUCAAUGCAGACCGCUGUGCAGCCCCCACCCCCGCCCGCCCAAGCGCCGCUUCCAGUUCUCAAGAAUCAGGACCUGUCUGCAGUUAAAGGACCUUCUAGGCAGGCAUCGAAAUCAAGCACAUCAACGUCUUCGUCGAGCUCUUCAUCAUUAUCGUGUUCGACAUCGACUACUCCUGUUUCUAUAGCUCUCGGCCAUAAAAGGUCUAGUACGGAGCAAAAUCUACCCAAAGGACCCUCUCCUGCGCUCAGCCCCCGUCGAGACCUUAUGUCACCGUUGCAACAGCCUCGGCAAAGUCCUGACAGCGUUAUUCAUAAUAGCAAUAGCAGUAGCAACAACAACAAUCGAAUGGGCUCGGUUGUCAGUCGAUCGCCUUCGAUGGAACCACCACUUAAUGCUCCUCAACUGCAUCAUCACAAUGAGCAACAACAGCAAAACACCCAGAAUCAACAGCAACAACAACAACAACAGCAACAACAACAACAGCAGCAGCAGCAGCAGCAGCAACAACAACAGCAACAACAACAACAACAGCAGCUAUGCAACUACUCAGCGGAGAGCCUCAUCGGACCACCAAUAGUUCAGUUCCCUAGCUUACGGAGCACGAGUCAUCUAAACUCCUCAUAUUCUGCCGAAAGCCUUCUGCAGUCUGACUCGGCAGACGUAGGCGUAUCCCUAUCGUCAGCAGGCUCGCCAACUUAUAUUAGCGGUAAAAAUCAUUCCACGGGAUGUUCGAGUGGAAAGCCAAUCGUCUCGACUCAGUCUGUUUCUAUGAACAGUUAUAGCUACGGGUCUGUAUCGCCAGCAAACGAGCGUAACACAAAAUAUCAGAGUGGUCACGGUCAACAGCAAUCGAGCACGACAACGACGUACGCUCCGUACAAUCUGGAUAGCUUCAAUUCAACAAGCGGAAGCAGCUCUAACUCAUCGAAUAACUACUGUUCGUCGAUCCAGCAAAACAACAGUAACUCGUUUGGUGGAAGCAUGAACACUACUUGUGACUAUUUCACGCCACGGAACAAUACAACGCCCGACUAUGGACUAAAUACAGGCAGUAAUGGAUUGGGCCAGUCAACUGGUACGGUUAUGAAUGGUGGACAUUACCAUACGCCACACGGACACAACCAUGGCUUCCAUCCGCAACCGCCGGUAAGUUUAGGCAAUCCUGGUGAUUUUGCACCGCCUCCCAUACCGUCCGUGAAUUCGCUCAAUCUCCACGAGGCGGCCACUGGUCAUCUGAUGAAUAAUUUCGUUCCGCCGCCGGUCACGCCCGUCCCUCCAUCAUUCUUAGCACCCCCAAGUGCUGAUAAAAGUUCGAAACAGAGCUCGUCAACCAUUUUCGGUAUACAUCCACCACCCCCGCCGUCAUCUUCAGUGUCGAAGUGCCCUCCGCUGACGUCCAGUUACGCUCCGGUCCCGCCAGUUCCCGGCGGUUGCGACAAUUCGGGUAGCGAUAGUGGUCGAAGUAGCAAGACUUCAUCGGGCGGCUCGUCAAAGGCCGCGCAUAAGACGAGGUCUAGCCAAUCACUUGAUAGCUACCCUAUGCCGACAUUGGACAGAUCUUCGACGGGCUCCACGGGACUGGGCUAUUUUGAUUUUAAUAUGGCGCCCUCGAGCGGCACGUUCAAUAACUGUGGUCCAACACCGUCCGUCGUUGGUGCGACUGGUCAAAAAACUAGUACAACAAGUCAAAACCAUCGGGUGUGGCCUCCAGUCACACCCACGCCGCCAUCGAGCGAUGCCAGCUGUUCAUCAUACCUCUUCCCUGGACAUGGACCGACAGUGACAAGAGCCACAACAUCCAGUCAUGGAUACCACAACCCCAUGUCAAAUAUUGGAUCCAAUGCCGUUGGUCAAAGUACGACGAAUUUCAAUCUCAGCAACAUCUUCCCAGAUAUCGGUAACUGCGGUCAACUGCCAGGUGCAAGCUCGGUGGGUCCAGCUGGUGUAGGAAGCGGCCAAGAUUCGCUGUACGGGGCACGACCUCCUCACGUAGGAGUUCUGCCAAACGCAUUCAAUGGUAUAUUGCCUCCACCUAGACAUUCAGGAUCCACGUCAAGGAGCUCCGGGUUUGGACUCUUUGAUUGAGGGAUUUUGUUACUUUAAUAAGAGCGGCCGGAGUAACUAGUUUUACUUCCACUUAAUGUCUUUGCUCUCCGAUAUUUUAUUUAGUGGGAGUUUCCUUGCAGUAAACAUUCUAACUUACUCCACAGUAUCGCAACGGAUGAGCUACUUUUGCACUUGUAUUGAUAUUCAACAGCAAAAGUGUAUGGGUGGGUUAACUAAGCAGAGUUUUUCCACGCCAAGUUGCCAUGAACGAUCGGUUAACUGCACGACCGACUAUAAUUACUGUAUAGAAUUUGACUGCGAGU